UGCGGCAUGUUGUCUUUCGUGUUCUCGAUUCUUUCCCGGGACCGCUUUGAAGCGAUGCUUCCCUGUUCGUCCGUCCUUGAACAUUGCACCGAGGUACUAUAUGCUGUUUCACCGCGCCUAACGCGGGAAGCCCUUCAAGCAAAUCGUAAAGCCGGUAAGGGCAGCGUUCUGGCAGCGUGCAACCCCGACGUAUCGUAAACAAUAACAAUUCACGAGCCGUACAAUAAUCCCAUGGGCACAUGUGGUUGAUCCAGCAUAAUAAGCUCCAACCGGCAUAAUCAACGCCAAUUGACCAUCUCACUUCUUCUUCCUUCUGCCUCCCAUCCCAUCCCAUCCGAUCCGCUGACCAGUGAAGAGAGGAACAAACACGAACUCAACAAAUAACAACCAUCGGCAACAAAUGAGGUAAAACAAAACCACUCAAUUCCCGAAUCCGUUUCAUCUGCUGCUUCCACAGCGAAGUGAUACGGAACGUCAGGUUCGAUUACGUGUUACGGGUCCGGCCCAAUCGGAACCCAUCCAUCCAUCCCCGUUGAUGUCCCCGUUGAUCUCCACACCAAACGGAUGCUUUAUUGUGUCCAAUGGUUGAGUGUGUGGCUUUUUUUUUGUGUGCGCCUCUACGCUAUUUCCUUCUCCGGGGGGAAUCAGAAGAUUGUAACAAAGCAACUAAAAAAAAAAAGAAAAGAGGAGCAACCAGCUACUCAUGCGGUCCACCACCGUCACCGUGAUCGAUAACUGUGGCUUUCAUGUUGGUGGGGGGAAGGAAAAUACCUCCCAGGUACGAUCAUCGCCGGUGAUCAUCAUCGUCAUUGGCGCGUCCGAAGAACAAAAUCCGAAACGGCAAACAAGCAGAAGCAGUAGUCCGUUCAGGACUACGUCCAACCAUCGAUCGGUUGGUUUGGAGCAGUGGUUCGUCUUCAACCGCCAGAACGCGAUCAGUCGCCGAUGGAGAAGGUAACGACGUUACACGCAGCGAAGAACGGAACUGUUUUCGCGCAGUGAUGGUUUAAACACUUUCCGAUCGUUAAACUUUAUAUUGUGACUUUUAGUUACUUAGUGUUGAUGUGUGUGUUUCUUAGCUGUGUGUGUUUGUGUCUGAGCGGAGUUUUGCGUGUGCAGUGAUUGUGUGCUUGUGCAGGAGUGAAGGAGCGGAACGGAUCGGAACGGAGAAAGAAUCUCCCGCAUCAUCGUCAUCGGCAUCUUCAACAUCAUCGACCGGCUAUCGUCACCUGUCGCUGUCCACACGUUGUCCGGUGUUUUGGGCUCUCGUGGGCAAGAAUCAUAACGGUGUUUUGCGACUUACAUUCGGUUGGUUGGAAUCUUGGAAAGACUCCGAAGGUGAAGGGAGUGCUUGCGUUUUAUGCACGCUGCGGUAGCAAAGGUCAAUCCAUUCCAAGUGGGGCAUCAGGCCAAAUCAGCACCAGUGUGUAGUGAAGUGUGUCCCCCACAAAUGGAAAGUGGGGCCAGAUUAACGCCAACGACACAACAGCGCGGAAGAAGGUGCAGAUAAAAGGGAGAGAAAAAGCACAAUAACAAAAAAACAGGCUCCAAUAAACGAAGUGUUACGGUUUUUCUUCACGGUCGUUCGCUGCCCGUUUUUUUUCUUUUGUUGCAUUUAAAUGAGAUGCAAAUUUUAGCGACGAUAAUGCGAUUAGUUGUGAUUUUAAGCGUUUUAGUACAAAUUUAUGCGAACACCGGCAGCGCACCCUGGACGCGCCAUGGGUUACUAGUGGCCGGACCGAAUCCGGCCGGCCGGGCUAUCGUUACCCGGCCGACCGGGGAGGAGCGUACGAGUGGCGGACAGGUGGACGGUAGAACGGGCGGUGGUAGUCGCCCGGAGCGGAACGUUUAUCGGACGAAACUGUCCAAGCUGCGGUUGGUACUGCUGGCUGAUAUGUUGAAUGAAAUUCCACCGCCACAGCUGGAAUUAAUUACUUGCCUGGCGAACUCGUCGACGCUGAACGUGACCACGAAGCACUGUGACUGUGAAACUUACUCGUGUAAGGACCUGCUAGCUAGCUCCAGUCCAUCUCCACUCAACUACAUCCAGCCGAAGAGAAAAAUCCACACCUCCUGUCGCGAACACUGCUGCCGGAAGAAGAAGUUUAACCGCUCGAUCGAUCCAGCAACACUGGAGAAUGUGGUAGCGUCGUCACUUAGUACUGCCAGCCGCCGCUACAAUACUGUGGCGGGCCCGUCAAUGGUUCAUCGGUCACCGAUGGGAUCGCUGUCAUUAUCUACCAGCACCAUUAGCAAAGGGAUGCAACCGUCGGAAACAUCAUCAUUUCGGCUGCGGACGACUGGUUCACCUUCACCCGCCAUCGUUCGUGACCAUCGUGACCGACCGGCAACGGCCUGCAACAGUGAUGGGCUCGAUCAAAUUUCAAUUGCCAACAAUCGGGUACGGGCACCGUGGCUGUACCGGGUCGGUUUAAUUGAAACGAAGCAUCCCGUCUGCGUUGGCGCUUUAAUCCAUCCGAGUUUAAUAUUAACAACUGCAGUAUGCGUUAUAAACAAGAAACCGGAGGAACUGGUCGUCUGGCGUGGUACCGUGGACGGUGGUACGGACGAGCGGUGGCCAGUGGGCAGGAUAAUGCUGCCGGAGAAAUUCGCCACCACUUUCGAACGGCUCGAGAACAAUGUUGCUUUGUUGCUGUUGGUACCCACACCAGCCCACAGCCAAGCUCAAUCCUCACCAACCGAAGCACCGAGACCGAUCCGAUCAAGCUCGACGACAGGUGGGCUUCGCGCUUGGACGGUUAGUGUGCGGAAUGGAAGUGCCUCGAUUGGACCAAAUCAUGCCAGGACGCAACUUUUCCCAGCACACCAGCACCGACGGACACCGACGUCUAUUUGCUUAUCAUCAAUUAUAGAGCGUACGGCUGCCUACACCGUACCGGAACUACCCGAAAGCUUCUGCUACACCGUGUCUUUACGGCAGACACACGCCAGUACAGCAGCACCGCAACCGGCAACUGGCAGCAGUGGCGCGAACAGCUUCACGCUCCGCAAUGAUGGCACUAAUUACGUUACGACAAAUAUUAGCAUUUUUCCGGCCACCGAGUGCCGACCGGAGCAUCGGGAGUAUCUGCAACACGAUGGCAAUCUGUGCGCUGGCUACGGUGCGGCCAAAAACCGUAGCAUAGAUGUGGAUUAUAGUGGAUCACCGUUGAUUUGCGAGCAGUUGCAGACUGAUGGCAAAAUCUAUCGCACCGUACAAGGUCUCCUGACCUGGUCCACCGACAUCAAUCAUGCGCCGCAUCUGUUCACCAAUCUGACCACCUACCGGCAGUGGAUUGAUCGGGAAAUUGAAAAGCUGGACGGUGCAGCACAAACACAACGACUCCCGACCGUACCACGGCCAAUUGUCUUACAAACCGCAUCGAACUAUCCGGAUCGGGCCGUGCUUUAUGGAUGAAACGGCGUACGGGAAAUCGUACGGCCGCCCUGUCGCCCUCUGUUUGCUAGUGAUUGAUUUCGAAGGGUUUCAUUUGCCACCUGAAGAGUCGCGCAAUAAAAUUGCACCAAUUUUGCGUAAGAAUGAA